GGGCUAGAGUUGAGGUCGAAGCUAUUGGCUGAAGUGGGGUUGCUUUUUGUGUGGGCAUGGGAGAUGGCUGGCCAAGCAAGGGCUUGUGGCGUGAAGGCUUGGUGGGCAAGAGUUUGGGUGAGGAGAGUGUUAGAGCUUACGAGUGAGAAGGGUGUGAGGUGUGUGAGGGGAAAUAGGCUACGAGCUGGGGACAAUUGGCAUGGGGUCUGUGUUGGUGAGGUUGGCUAUGGGCGGUGGGCAAGAGGGUUGGCGUGUGGGGCGCCUGGAGUGGACAAGGAAGGCUGGCAUGUGGGGGCUGGAUUAGGCGAAGAAGGUUGUUGUGUGGGUUGUGAGGUUGGAGCCGGUACGUGGAGGUGGGUUGUAGCUAGGCGGCGAGCUGGUGCACGAGAGAGCUAUGAGCGAGGAGAAGACUUGUCGGCUCGUGGUUUAGACAAGAAAGAGGGCUAG